GGCAAUAUGGAACCAAGAAAUCAAACAAGAGUUUCAGAAUUUUUACUCCUGGGAUUUUCCCAAGACUCAGAGGAUAAACCUAUUCUACUUGGGCUGUUCCUGUCUAUGUACCUGGUCACUGUGCUCGGGAACCUGCUCAUCAUCCUGGCCGUGGGAUCUGACUCCCACCUCCACACCCCCAUGUACUUCUUCCUCUCCAACUUGUCCUUUGCAGACAUCUGUUUCACCUCCACCACCAUCCCUAAGAUGCUGGUGAACAUCCGAACACAGUGCAACUCCAUCACCUAUGCCGGCUGCAUUGCCCAGAUGUAUUUUUUUAUGGUUUUUGGGGGCAUGGACACGUUUCUCCUCACUGUGAUGGCCUAUGACCGGUUUGUAGCCAUCUGUCACCCCUUGCACUACCCAGUCAUCAUGAACCCAUGUGUCUGUGUCCUCCUGGUUCUUGUGUCCUGGUUCAUCAGCUUGUCAUACUCCCUGAUCCAAAGUCUCUUGAUGUUGCGGCUGUCCUUCUGCACCAACGGGCUAAUUCCACACUUUUACUGUGAACUUGCUCAGGUCCUCAUGCUUGCCUGCUCAGACACAUCGGUCAAUCAUAUCCUGCUAUAUAUGGUAACUAGCUGUCUUGGCAUUGUUCCCUUCUCUGGGAUCCUUUUCUCUUAUAGCCGAAUUGCCUCCUCAAUCCUGAGAAUCCCAUCAGCCACUGGGAAGUAUAAGACAUUUUCUACCUGUGUAUCUCACCUGUCUGUGGUUUCUUUAUUCUAUGGGACAGGGCUUGGUGUGUACCUCAGUUCUGAUGCAUCUUCUUGGUGGAGAAUGAUCGCCUCAGUGAUGUACACCGUGGUCACCCCAAUGCUGAAUCCCUUCAUCUACAGCCUACGGAACAGGGACAUCAAGAGGGCAUUACAAAAAGUUCUCAGGAGAACACUUUAUGUUCAGGGAUGGGAAACUAGUCCUGAGUUUUUGAGUUGA